AUGUCUACACAACAGGUGCGUACAUGUAUAAAGGAUUUGCUUGGAGCUAAAAACGAGUCAGAAGUGGAUUGGCAAGAACCAAAUGUAAAAAGAUUAGUUUCGACAACAACGACUUUAUACAAUGUUUCUGCGGGUAAGGUAAUGCUAAAGAGCUCUGAAGAACUAGCUAGAUGCCACAUAUGUGCUUUAAUAGCGUGCGAAAAGCUUGUGGAAAAAUAUGAUGAAGGAUUGGUGUACACAACAGACAAGAUCCCUCUUCCGCCAGAUCAGGUAACGAAGUUAGUGGGAAUUUUCAAGCGAAACAUAUGGCCCAAUUCUCCAUUAAAGGACGAUACAGGACGUGAGGUACGGUUCGAGAGUGGGAGAUCUCCAUCUAUGAAGAAUAGUGUGGUGAAGAAUGCUCGGUUUACAGGAAUUGACCCCAAAACGUUGCAAGAACAGCUAUUCGAAACGCCUACAAAGUCAAGAAAACGGAAGGCAAAGAGCAUCGAGCCCCUAACGCAGUUCGAUCUUUCACCCACAAAGGGCGACCAAAGGUCGACUACUAGAAGGAAAUUAACUUUUGAGACUGAAUCGGAGAAUACUAUAGAUGACAAAAGCUCGCUACCUCUACCGCUACUGGCAACACCGCAAAACAAGUCUGCCCUUAUUAACGUCAGAGAUGUGUUUGGUUCCACGGCAGAUUUUGAUCCAAUGUCACCAACGAAACAAUCACCGCAACGACAGUCCCCAGUCAAAGAUACCCCUUCUCCAAGAAAACGCAGAGGUAAAUAUAACGAAUGGAACAUGCUCUACAAGAAAUAUCACAAACCCACUACUGCAGAACUCAUUACUCUUUGUAAUGAGUUCGAACUACCAUCAGAAGUUACACACACUAUUAUACGUGAGUUCAGCUCCCAUUCCACUUAUCUAGCGUACCCUACACAGCUUGUAUGCGGGCUCAUCCUUUUAUCUGCAUUUGUGGUAUUCAACCAUCAAAGAUCACAAGACCCCACUAUCGAUAUCAAGCUCAUGAAAAAGAUGGCUGCUCACAUGCGGACAGGUAACAACGAAGACAUCAUGGAGGCCAUUAAAAUAACCAAAGAGCUCAUAGACGGAGAGAAAUGGUAUCGAGACCUGCGGGUCCAGCAUGAUUAUUACGACGGUUCUGAUUUCAGUAAUGCGAUUGCUAUUAGAGUAGGAAACAUGCUACAAGAAGAAUACGAAGCCGUAUCAGAGGAACAGUAUGCCAAUUGGAAACGUAAAAUCAUGGUGGACCUCAGUCUCAGAGACGGUGGUUCCCUAUAA